GUCAUAACGUCGCGCGUGUACGUACGUCGCGGAGAAGACGAUUUUGGUUGUUCUAAAUUUUGAAUGACUUGUGACGAAAAUAGUAUAGUGAAAUGAUAUUGAUAGAUCGAUAAAACAAAGGUUAUUUUCCUUAUAAUUAAUAAAAUCAGUGUUUAUAUCAGUAUUCAGUGAGUACCAUUAUGAACUUUGAGGACUAUGAAACUCUUCCGACCAGUCAAAAUUUUACCACACACAUGACCGCUGGAGCGAUUGCAGGGGUGAUGGAGCAUUGCAUAAUGUAUCCCCUCGAUUCAGUAAAGACACGGAUGCAGUCGCUGCGUACGGCGCACAACAGCACCAUCGUUGAGACCUUCCGGUACAUGGUACAAAGAGAAGGAUUACUCAGGCCCGUGCGUGGCAUGUCGGCGGUGGUGUUGGGCGCUGGCCCCGCGCACGCAUGUUUCUUCGCCACCUACGAGCACAGCAAACAGACCCUCGCCCAUCUCACCAGGCAUCGCCACGAGCAUCUCACACACGGUCUCUCAGGCUGUCUGGCGUCCUUGGUACACGAUGCAGUAUCAAAUCCUGCUGAAGUGGUAAAGCAACGGCUACAGAUGUUGAACUCUCAAUAUCGCGGUGUGUGGGAGUGCGCGCGGCACGUGUACCGGACAGAGGGACUGCGGGCUUUCUAUCGCUCGUACGCUACACAGGUCGCCAUGAACGUUCCCUUCCAGGCGUUGCACCUAGUCACGUAUGAGUGGUGUCAGUCGCGGCUAAACUCGGCCCGCACGUACGAUCCGCGCGCGCACGCACUCAGCGGCGCGUGCGCCGGCGCACUCGCCGCCGCCGCCACAACGCCGCUAGACGUCUGCAAAACAGUGCUCAACACACAGGAGUCUACAGCGCGCGCGGAUGGUCUCAUAGAAGCGGCGACGCAAGUGUGGCGCGUCACCGGCCCGCUCGGGUUCUUCAAGGGUGUGCAGGCCCGAGUGUUGUACCAAAUGCCCGCUGCUGCCAUCUGCUGGCUCACAUACGAGACCAUCAAGCAUGCACUCGCUAAGAUUGAACCGAGUGAAGACAACGGGCCAAGUGUCGCGGCCUCCACCCCGUCGCCGCUCGCUGCUCUUCGCCUCGCCGCUGCUGAGCCACACGUAACACACGUGGCAUCUGCACCCACGCUCACGCGCUCAUAAGUGUCACCAGUGACCGAACCGACCCAUUACUAUCAUUCCAGGGCAGGCCCGGAUCUACGAUUUUUAUUAACCGGGGCAGAAACUUCGUAUGGCGCCCUUCUUCUAACCCUCCUUACGCUCGAUUUUUAUAUUACUAUAUUUUUGCAGUGCAAGAGUUUUUUCAUUUAUUAUAAUGUGAUGUAUGGAUGUGAUAAAUGAAUGAGUGUCGAGAGAUUUGAGAAGCUCGUUUUUUUAAUUAGGUAUUAAAUAAUGAUGAUGUUGGCGACCUCGGAUAUUGGCGCCCGGGGCAAGUGCCUCCACUUUCCCCCUCCCCCUCCCUAGGUCCGGGCCUGUUCCAGGGCUACCGUUUUGUUAAUAUUAGUUUUUGUAUUAUAAAGCGCCACGAAUUAUAUUUUAAAGAACAAGUUAUGUUUUGAAAGUGAGCGAUAUAUCAUAUAUUUACCCGUAUUGUAUGUAUUUUAAUUUUUAGAUUACUUAUUUACUAUGUUUCGCUGUUUUUGUUAUUUAAUUUUACUUUUAUGAAUGGGCUUACGGUCGUUUUUAUCGCUGGAUGUCGCCAUAGCGGAAUUACUGACGAGAGUGAAAAGUUUAGUGAUGGUAUAAAAUGGUAGCCUUGAUUCCCGUUAGUGACCUAUUUCGGCAGACUAUCAAUAUGAAAUAUUAUCGAUUCAUCGAUUUGUAAAUAAUAUCUCCCUGGGAAAAUUUAUUUUUGUUGCACUUUAUGGUCGGUUCGGGUCGGUGGGACGGGGCGAGGCAUGAUUUUUUUUCAUUACCGGCGUUACUCGUGUGUUUAUUUAUAUGUUCGAAUGAUAUAGUGGCAGGGCACCCUCGCCUCGGCCCUGGCUGUGAUGGUGAAAGACAUUCGCGUGUCUUUAUCUGUAUUAUAAUAAUAAUAGAUAUAUGGGAGUCUGUACAUAGUCGCAGUGGCGAGCCACUAUAAAUUUCUCGAGGUGAUCUAGAAGUGGUCGUCUCUUUGUCUCCCUCACAUCCCCCUUGCCUUUCCCACUUGCGUCGAACGCAAUGUUGGGGGGAGAACGGGCUCACGCGUUGUAUAUAUAAUUAUUUGAUAUUAUUCGUGCACAAGUUUAGAUUGGUUAUAAAAAAUUGAAUGUCAAUUUUAAAAUUGGUAAUCUAUAAUAGCUCUCGGUCGCGUCGAAUUUGAGAUUAUGUAGUGAGACGAGACUAAGCGUUGCCCCCCGCGCGGUGUCGUGGUACGGAGACGUGGUCGCGUGGUACGGGGGCGGCUCGCUGGGCGAGCACAGUGAGAUGCUGUUUCGACUCUAGUGAGAUUAGACUAGUGUGACACGUGACGUCGACUGUACACCAUGUACGCUGAUCCAACGUCUGUUGAAUAUUGACGCUGUGGAAACGUUUAUUGAUGAUUAUGAUAAAUUUAUAUUUUUAAUAAAAGUCCCGUGUGAGUCCUCUCUGAGGUCAGUUCUCGCCGCGAUCACCGUACAUGCCGUAUGACGUGCAUUUUGUUGUUGUUUUUGUUUGUAAAUGUGUAGUCGCGUUGUGACGUUCGCCAAUCAGCUCGCCGCCUACAGUCAUACAGUAACCAAUAGGGAUGACAAAAAAAAAGUAAUUCUAUUUAGUCCGUCAGUCAGAGAUUACAAUACUAGAUUCGUAUUUGUUUUGCUUCAAUUUAGACAAGAAAGUUUUUUAGAUGAUAGGCAUCAAAGUUGAGGAGUGGGGACUCGCUUCAUCCCAGUUUUGUAGAAAAUGUACAAAAGCGUGACGUCAUGCGACGUUUCAACUCAAUUUAUGGCCGUAAUUUAUUGAUUACGCAAAUAAUACGUGUUUAAUAUUAAUAAUCUACCUGACGGACAAACAAAACAAAAUUAGUUAUCCCUAUUUCUUCAGACGUAUAUUGAUUUGAUUGAACGUCGUAUUACCGCCUGGAUUUAUUCAUUAACAUAUUUACCGCUUCGAUGUAAAUACUAACCGACCCCGUCUAGUGUGUAAGCUCGUGACUGAAAGCGGUGACGGCGAGCGGCCAAGCGUGACCAGUAAAUACGUUAUGUUUGUGUACAUUAUUAUGUAAUAAACUGUAUUUGUUAUAUUUAUGAGUAUUAUUGUAAAGUCAAAAGAGAAAUUUGAAGUUAAGAGUUUGUUCCAAUAUUUGUAUAUUAGUGUCGCGACGAGGAACUCGUUGCGGACGUGGAAAUCGAAAAAAAUGUGCAAAUUAAAAAAAUAUUAAUGAAAUAAACAGUUGGACAAU